GUUGUACACGGAUCUACGUGAAGAUAUCAUGUCAAUUAGACAUCCGUCUAAUUAUACGGACCUAUUUACAGUUAAUCAAGUGACACACUUAAAGUACUCGUUCCUCCAGCGUCUUUACACUAUGUCUUUGGAGAAGACCGAACUCUCUCCGUUGGAGGUUCUGGAAUUCGAUAUGGGUUCAUCUACUUCAUUUAUCAACUCGUCCAAGUCGUAAUCAAAGUUAUUGGGGUUACGGUCAACGUCUAACCGUUCCUUUCUUCUUUUCGUCUGAAGGUGGUUAAGCUUCAACUUGACGGGGACAUCAUCGGCGGUGAAUUUUCUGAGGCCGGUGGCUUUUGCCUUGGUUUCCUGCUGAAGUUGUUGAUCUGGAGGAACAUACCCGGACGUUUGGGGGAGCUGCGAUGGCCCUGAACGUCCCCGAGCCUUGGACUUCUGGUUUGGCUCAUACAGAUAGUUGACCAAUUUCAGCCAGUACGGGAGCAAGACCACCAACCCCACAAGAACAACGGUUAGAAUCAAAAGUGUCACAAACAUCUUGGGCGUACAGAAAUUUUUCUCCAACUGUGGUUGAUGCGCACCAAUGACAACUUUUAUUUGCAUCACCACUGGAUAUGAUAAAACAGGUUUCCAAGAUUGCCGGUAGACGCUUAACACCAGCACAAUGCCUGUUGGUUAUGGGCAUGAGUGUCAAGAAUCUCGGUUCAGGUGCGCUUCUCAAUCAUCUCCCUGUUUUCCAGUCCACGAAGUCACCUUUUUCCAUCAUCUCCAGACCCUACACCGUGGACCGGCUAGGCAACGAUAUUGACUCCAAGAUCGACCAGAUUUCUAACGCCCAGUACGACGAUAUCUCCAACCAUUACCUCGACACCCUCAGCGACGAAAUCGACCUUAUUUCCGAAACCCACGAAAAUGUCGAAUUCGACUUGAACCAAGGUGUGUUAACAUUGAGCACCGGUAGUGGAACCUAUGUUAUUAACAGACAGCCUCCCAACAAACAAAUCUGGCUCAGCUCGCCAUUGACGGGACCCAACCGGUACGAUCUUAUUGGUGGGAAAUGGAAGUCGUUGCGAGACAACGGAGAGUUGACCCAGCUCCUAUCCAGAGAAUUGUCGGAUAUUUUGGGCACCUCCAUCCAAUUACAAUUGGACAAUUAAUCACGUCCCCUGGAAUUAUGUAAACUGACGAAUAUUUAUUGACCCCUUUGUAUAUACACUCAGCUUUAAAGUAGUGGGUACAAACUAGUAGAAUUUUUUUACCCAUUUGGAUUAAUACAAGCGGAAUAGAUGACAACCAACCCUUUCGCUUACAGGCCCUACGUUGACACUACUGGCUAUAUUCGUUUCGAAAAUCUCCUUGUCGCUACCGUCUGUUAACAUCCAACCAGGUCAAUGUCUAGUUGUUGGCACCCACUCGGUUUUAUUUCUAGCCCCAGCCUCUACAGAUCCAACAACACCAAUUACACCAAUUAUACCCUCUUUUUCUGUUUCGGGUAUAACUGCAAUCAUUAAGCCCCUGUAUAGGUUUAGGUAACCAGGUGCCACAAAAUCAAUUAGACCCAGUUGCAAGGAGCAUACGGAGACAUUAACAACGCAACUCUUCGCGCACUGGAGAUUUUACCUCGCAAUGGCACCCACUUUUAUGUUGAAAGGACCCAUACGUGGGAGUGAUCGGGUAUCUGUGUACUCCACUGCGAUAAUAGGCUCCCGUGGACGAGAGAUGCCAGAGGCACAAACUUUAACGGUCAAAAUACGAUUACUGCUGCACAUUCUACGGGAUUUGGAUACGUGCGACUCAGACCUAUCUUCACUAGAGCUUGAGUUAAAUAAGGCCCUAGAGACUCCCGAUACAUCAUUAUCGGUGCCUCAGUUCCCGGUGACGUUGAGGUACAGUCCUCAGAAAUUUCAGAGCCACACGGCUGCUGUGGUGCCUGUUAGCCCCAAUUCUUCUAUCAAGGAUGAGCCUAAGGUGAAACAACUACCCUCCACCCAAAACGAUAUUGGAAGUGACCCCAAACCUGCCACCUUCUCGGUCCCCGCCACCCCGGCAUCUCAGGCCCCAAGUGUAGGCCUGUGGAGUCCCGAGUCUGCGUACAGAACCAUCCCUCCCAAUCUUAUUCUCGUACUACGACGCGAAUUUGGUCUUCUUAAUGAGACUGCAGAAGAGAUGAGUAUGAUAGAAAAGAUCAUUUUCACCCUCAGAGACCCCCUUAGUGCCACCCGAAUAGGUCUUCCUGUCAAGGCGGUGGUGUGCAACCACUUUGAAUGCUUUGAUUUCGACAAUUUCUGCGUUUUUAAUCGGAUUCCUACAGGCAUAAAAACGGUAUUGCGUAAAGAUCUCAUCCGCAGAAGUAAUGAGAUGAAAAAGAGAGACAAACAAGUGGCUACAACCACCGGAUCCCGUGGUAAAACCGAUAUCGUUAGCCUUACCCGAAACUUUGUCUACAAACCCAACAUUAGCGGCUUCAACAACUUCCGCAAGAAUUCAACAGGUGCUUCUCAAAGCUAUCCAAUUUAUCGUUGCCCUGUUUGCAACAAACUCUUUGAAUUGAACCACCUUUUCAUCUCUGAUGUGUUCAACUACUUCAUCAAGACAACCCCUCUGGAAAUCGACAGGAUCGAGCUCCGAGACAUGGUUAAGUAUAGAAUUGUUGAGGAUGACAUUAACGACCCCCACAAAAAUCAGACCAAUGCCCAGGCGGAAGAGGUGAUAGAACUUCUUUCAGAUGACGACGAUACUCAAAGUCAUAGUCCCCAGCUUCAAAAGGAAGAUAUUUCCGACAGCGAGGCUACAGAAGAAGAGGUACUUGUUAGAAAGUCAGACAACAAUUUCUGGGAUUCAGACGACAGCUUUGAUGACAGCUUCGAGGAAUCUUAUAGACGGUACCAGGACCAAUACACUGCCGGGGCUGGUGCUGUAAGAGGUUCAGGAAGUUGGGAAGACCCUGUGACACUCGACUAAGGGGUCCUUGGCCGUCAGAACCACAAUUGUAUAUAUGCAAAUGUAAUUAGCCUUCAUCGCCAAUUAUCAUGCAUUGUCAGUGCGCAGCCAGAUGCUUGAAUCUGUUUGGGAAAAAUUUCAGGCACCGCAAUCGCAUUGAUCGCACUGAAAUUUUGUUGAAGCAAUAAACAUCUUUCACGAGGACCAAUUGAAUACCGCCGAACACGAUCCAAUUGACUGUUGAAAUGUCCGAAGACACCCAAGGAGCAAUUCAACCGACAGAGGUGUUGGAACCACCCAAACAGGUGGACGUUUCCAGCCAGCCUCCCCCAGUUGCGGUGAAGUCCGCAAAGAAACUGGAUGCUCGUUCGAGGACCAGCUCAAGAGCCACUUCAGGACCUGGAAUCAAAGUUGAAGCACCUGAAUUGGUUGCAAGUGAGGAUUAUGAUACCUCCAAUAGUACCAAGAAACCCAAACCAAGAGAACCUGUUGAUUCGACUUACAUUGGCUGGCAGGAAGUUGGUGGGUGGCAGAAGGAAGAUGUGUUGACCCUUGAAGAGGAGAUUACUG